AUGGCUGAGCUCACACCAGUGGCCAAACGAACAGACUAUGUUUUCAACGUAGGCACCUUUGGACGUAAGGUCACUACCAACAGUCCGGAAGCCCAAGUGUGGUUCAAUCGCGGCCUUACCUGGGUUUACUCCUUCAACCACUCGGAAGGUGCCAAAUGCUUCGAACAAGCUAUCGCUCACGAUGAGUCGUGUGCCAUAGCCUACUGGGGCCUUGCCUAUGCCCUUGGUCCAAACUAUAAUCAAUCAUGGGAAUUCUUUGGUGAAAAUCUAAAGAAUAUUGUGGCACGCACAUACCAAGCAUCACGCAAAGCAUUGGAUCUAUCUCCCAGCGCAACUCCAAUUGAACAGGCACUCAUUACUGCGAUUCAAUCUCGUUUCAUUAGUGAUAAGCCUGCAGGCAUGGAGCAAUAUGCUGCUCAAAAUCGUGCCUAUGCUGACGCAAUGGAAACGGCCUAUCGCGCCUUCGGAGAUGAUCUUGACGUAGCGGCGCUAUAUGCAGACUCCAUCAUGAGUCUCACACCAUGGAAACUUUGGAAUUUGGAAACAGGAGAGCCUAAUCCAGGUACUCGCACCUUGGAAGCGAAAAAUGUCUUGGAAAAAGCCCUUAAACACAAAGAUGCGCUCCAGCACCCUGGUUUAUUGCACUAUUAUAUUCACUUAAUUGAGAUGUCCUCCACGCCAGAGCUCGGACUAGUUCCGGCGGACUACCUCCGAGGUCUAGUCCCAGAUUCUGGACAUACAAACCACAUGCCCUCACAUCUGGAUGUGUUGGUCGGCGAUUAUCGAGCUGGCGUUCUCGCGAACCAGCGUGCCACCAUCGCAGACGAGAAGUAUCUAAAAGAAGAGGGCGCAAUGAACUUCUACUCCAUCUAUCGCAUGCAUAAUUACCACACAUUGAUUUAUGCAGCUAUGUUCGCGGGCCAAAAACGCGUUGCUCUAGAUGCUGUCGAUCGCAUGGAAGCUACUCUUCCUGAGGAGCUUCUUAAAUCAAUGCCGGACUUCAGCGAGUUCUUCAUGUCUGUACGCCCCCAUGUGAUGAUUCGAUUUGGAAUGUGGGAUGAAAUUAUCGCUCUCCCCAUUCCCAAAGAUACGGAGCUCUACUGCGUUACCACUGCAUCUACAUAUUACGCCAAGGGUGUCGCGACCGCAGCUACUGGUAAUGUUCCCGAAGCUGAACGCUAUCGCAGUCUGUACGGUGAGGCAGCAAAACGUAUCCCCAGAACCCGUCUUGAUUUUCCCAAUAAAUGCGUGGAUGUACUUGAUAUUGCAUCUGCCAUGUUGGAUGGUGAAAUCGAGUACCGUCGUGGAAACUAUAAAGAGGCAUUUGAACAUCUUCGUCGCUCUAUUGUUUUGGAAGAUGCUCUAGGUUAUAGCGAGCCAUGGAGCUGGAUGCAGCCUAGUCGUCAUGCCUAUGCAGCUCUUCUGUUGGAACAGGGUCAUGUCGAAGAGGCAGCUGCUGAAUAUCGAUGUGAUUUGGGACUUGAUAAUAGUGUUAUUCGUGCGCGUCGUCAUUUGAACAAUGUCUGGGCUUUGCAGGGAUAUCACGAGUGUUUGCUUCGGUUGGGUCGCCACGCGGAGGCUAGGGUCCUUGAACCACAGUUGAAGAUCGCGCUGGCAGUCGCUGAUGUUCCUAUCACCUCUUCAUGCUUCUGCCGGAAUGAUACUUUGCAGACUUCAAAUGAAGGAAAAUGUUGCUCCAGAAACAGCUGUCUUUAA